AUGUCGGCGCCCAGUAUCAUCCCGGAUCGCACAUUGCACGAUGCAAUUAUUGCCGCUCUCUCUCUCGAGACUCAGUCCGAGAAAGAACAGGCCCUGACUGCGGCGCUCAAAAGCUGGCAAAACCAUGGCGACGGGACUCGCUCUCCUCACCUACUCGUUCACGUACUUCAAAACGUGUACAAGCUCCCAGAGCUACCUACGACACUCAAAGACCAGGACGCGUCGGACUUUGAUACACUGAAAAAGGUCUGCAAAGAGCUCAAGUUCACAUUAUUCUUCGCGUCCGUAAAGAAACUGCUCGGCUGUAAUCUCUUCGUGGAAAUCCGCGGUGCACGGAGAUGGGAGAACAGUCGUCCCAAGAUCGAUCCAACCAAAGAUCAUACUAUUAGGGUCGACCAGCUAAACUUGAUGCGAGUCGUUGACUUGGAGGGAAAGUUGCGUGCAUUGCGACUACCCGUGCGAGAUACUGAAGUCACCCAGAAGGAAGCCUUCACACAUGAGACUGCUCAGAUUGAAACUGAGGUUGAAGGGAAAGAGAUGGGUGGUGGUAUGGAGGCUGAGCUAUUUCACCAACAUUUCAAGACUGCGCUCGUCAUCAUUCCUCCGCGCAACCUUCGCGCCUUUGAUAUUCGUAAGCGUUUCAUGCUCAGUCCCGAAGGCAAAGGAGUCGAAGCUGCUCUCUUCAUGGUCAGUGGAUGGGAAUAUGCCAAAGCGGAACCCAUCAUCAAAAUGCUCGAUGACGCAACGGAGAAAAUGCGAGCACCCGACGCAGGCCUGGCUAGUCUUCUGCAACUACAGAGGCUCUGCAGGCUCUUGCUCGAAUACCACGAUCCAGGUGAUUACCGAAAAGAGGGGCAUACUUUCAUGUGCGCAAGGUUUCCCUUGAUACCCGGCGAGGUAUUGGACCAGCUGACCGCUGUGUGCAUCGAGUUUGGCCACGCGGAUCUGAGGCAGAAGGCUAUGAAACAGCUCAGUGCCUCUUUUCAACGCCAAGUACGCGCCGAUCGGACCAUCGAUGCUAUAGGUCGCUUGUUGUACAAGACACAAGAUGUCGAGCAGUUGAAGAAGGCGGACGGGUUCAUCAAAUCCCAGAACAGUAUCAAAGACAAGAUGGAGAUGUGUGGUAAAGUUCAGGCAGCGUACGACCGAGCUGGAGAUGCAGACGAAGAUUGCCUACCACUGCUUGAAAACGGCGGCGAACUCAAUGACGAGUUUCUCGACAAUACGCUUCGCUCCAUGGCCCACAACUCAAGUUUCGCCAGCAUGGAGACCUUUCUCCAAGACAUAGCCAAACUCAACGGCAAGAUCCCAGACGCCGAUUUUUCAACACUACUGCAACAUUGUUUUCAAGCCGAGAGCCUCAGAUUCCAUGACUAUCAGUCGCACCAAGUGCCGGUAGCUGAGCAUGCGAUACGCGAGUACUGUCUCAAGAAGCUGCAUGCGCCAACGACAAUGGCAGAGGUUCGCAAAGGGAAAGUCCAGGACGACGAGGUUGAAGAUCUCGUCAUCAUAUCACAAACUUUUGGAGAGGAAGUUCCACUCCUUCUUCUCCCCCACCUUGGUGGAUUUCUAAACGAUCUCCCCUGGAUAGUCCAACUGCUCAUCCAAGUCUUUGACUUGGAGGGGUGGGCUUCAGAAACCUUCGUUCCACAAUUCAGCACCACCGUCCUCGAACCCGCCAUCGAGCGAGCGAAACUAGUAGCCUCUAGACCGGACAUACCUGUCGGCGAAAUGAUUCGCGAUUCCUUCCCAUUCCGCAAAAACAUAGCGCCAGUUCGCGGUUCCAAUGAGGGAGACCGCGGUGUCACGAUGGAGGAGUUGAAGCUGCUGAUCCCAGUCCUCAAACGUUUAGCGCUAGAUCAUGUCGUGGAUAGGCUGGCGCAGAGGAUGCUGAUGGAUUUUGUUGACCUCGAUUUCGAAGACUUUCGCGUCGUGCUCGGCGAUGAGAAGACAGAUGAAAUGAUGGAGAAGAAGAGGGCGAUUGAAGAGGCGAAGGAGGCGAAGAAAAGGAAGGCUGCUGAUGAUGGUGGAAGGGGAAAGAAGAAGAGGGGAAGAGGGGGUCGGCGGUGA